UCUGCUUAUCAUCUUAACUGCCAGACUGGUACAAUUCACUGGUGGAAAUCCAGAACUGAAGAGUGAAUUUCAGUGAAUGCUUCCCCAUACAACCAGAUGAAAAGCAUUAUCACUGGCUUUUUCAGCACACUUUAACGCUGAUGCUGGCCCUGCAAGCGGGCAGAUUUCAGACAUGGGCAUGGACAGACGGCAGAGAGCCUCAGCAGCACUCUCGCUCAGUUUUCUCUCAUUAAUCUUCUCUAUCACGGCAUUUAGCAGCAGUUACUGGUGUGAAGGGACAAGAAAAGUUGCAAAACCUUUCUGUACAGAUCAGGAGAAAGGGACUCACUGCAUCCGCUUCAAUAGCUCUGAUCUGAACAAUAGCAACGCCGUUCAAUAUAUCUGGGAGACAGGCGAUGACAAGUUCAUUGACCGAAAGUUUCAUGCUGGCAUCUGGUAUUCAUGUGAGGAGAUUAUUAAUGGGGAAGGUGAGAAAUGUAGAAGUUUUAUCAGUCUGACUCCACCUGAAGAUCGAGGUGUUUUGUGGUUGUCUAUUGUAGCAGAGCUACUCUAUAUCAUUUUGCUGCUAACUGGAGCCACUUUGAUGUCAAUCGAAGUGUGCUACUACACUACAGUCAUUGAUGGGUUAAAGCUCAACGCCUUUGCUGCGAUAUUCACUGUACUAGCAGGUCUCUUUGGCAUGGUCGCUCACAUGAUGUACACAACUGUAUUUCAAAUGACUGUCAACCUAAGUCCAGAAGACUGGAGACCACAGAUGUGGGAUUAUGGCUGGUCCUAUUGCCUUGCAUGGGGUUCCUUCGCUUGCUGUAUGGCUGCCUCUGUCACCGCCAUUAACAGAUACACAAAAACUAUGUUGGAAUUCAAGCACAAACGAAAAAAGCUGGAGAGAAGUUUAAAGAAUAAAUACAAGUGUCCAGAUCCUGGAGUUCCAGGGAAAGCUUGGAAUAUGUAUGUCAGCUCUUUUCAUAACACUACAGAGGACUUGGUGCAUCAGUUAAAGAACAUACAUAAUCCAGCCAGCAUUUCAGUGUUUGUAGAUUUAAACAAUAUCUCUGAGCAACACCGUGAGGAGUAUUGCUAAAUAUGUUCUAUAAUAUUAUUAAUUAAAAAAAUGUAUCUGUGUAGCAUUAUUUGUUUUUUGUAAAGAGAACUGCUUUUAUCAAUGCUUCAAGCAACACAUAGUGUUUAUGGAGCUGAUCCAGAUAGAAUGGUUCACAAAAGGCAAUAAGCCAUAUUCUCCAUUGUCCUGCAUCCUGUACAGUCAUUUACACAUGUGCAAAGUGGGUGUGAACACUACUACAUUGGCAUAGCACUGGCUUACACCCACUUUACUAGUGGAAAUGACAACACCAGGACAACAAAGAAUCUGGCCCACAAUUGGGUCCAGAGUUGGAAUAGGUUAUUUAUUAGUAAAGAUGCAACCUCCCAGCCAAAUUCAGCACAUUUCAGGCUACACUGAUUAGUUUAACCAUGUGACGGAGGUCCCGGGGAGCCACACUGAGGUAACUCAAAUAGGAUAAACUGUAAGGAAUGGGGUAGACAAUCCCCAAAGCUGGUGGAUAUUCCAAUACUUAGAUUUACUAAGCCAGCACAAAACAGCUUCUAUAAUACCGUACUAGUUACCCAGAAACCAGCAACAGAGUUCCCUUUAAGUAACCCAGCCUUAGGCCUCCAUCCAGAUACCCAAGUCAAAUAUGAUGAGGAUUACUAAAAAUCUUAUUCAUCAUGUAAGAAAGUUCUACCAAUCCCAAAGGAUCAGACAAUUUACCUGCCAGAUUAAUGAAUAUUCCAGAUCUUACCCAAAUACUUGCUUACAGCCAAUUCUUAUGAACUAAACUAAAAUUAAUUAAAAAAGAAAAGAGAGAGAGUAUUGGUUAAAAGAUCAGUAUACAUAUAGACAUGAGUACAGUUCUGAGAUCAGAUUCAUAGUAGAGAUGGUGAGCUUUGUAGCUGCAAAGAGUUAUUUCAGAAUUGGUCUAUAGAUUAUAUCUAUCUAUCCAUCACUAUGCUGAUGUGCAUGUUUAUUGGGAUCAGUUUACUGAAGACUACAUGAUACAGUGUCUGUGACGGUAUUCCAGGCACAGAGGUCUGUGCAAAGUUCUGGUUCACCUUUCAUCUUGCAGAAUUGGAAGGAGCAGUGGAAAGGAUUAAAGUCUUUGAAAGAUUUUCUUAUGAGGAGAGACUGUUUAGUAUAUAGAAGAGACUAACAAGAGGGAUUGUGUCAGAAAUAUACAGAAUAGUGAAUGGUCUAAAGAUGGUAAAUCAGGUGCCUUUAUUUGCUUAUUUGCAGAAGGGGAUAUCCUAUUAUAUUGAAAGGCAAAACAUUGAAAACUGGUCAAAAUAAAUAUGCUUUCACUUAACACAUAAUUAAUGUGUGGAUAUUUCUGUCACAAGAUAUCAUUGAGGUGAAGAUCUUAGUAAGAGUUUAAAAAAAUUAGAUGUCCCUAGGUAUAAUGAUUACAUCCACAAUAACAUUUGGUAGGGAAAAGUGAGAGUGAGAUGAACUGUCGUAUUUCAAAGCAGCAAAGAGUCCUGUGGCACCUUAUAGACCAACAGACGUAUUGGAGCAUGAGCUUUCGUGGGUGAAUACCCACUUUGUCAGAUGCUAACUGAGAAGGGUUAGGAAGGAACAUCCUCUAUGGGAUGAUUAUUUCAUAACUGUCUGCUACAGAAGUUUCUUGUACCUGUCUCUGAAGCUGAUGGUGCUGGUCACAUCAAGACAGGAAACUGGACCAGAUGGACCCAGGGCUGAUCUGCUCUACCAAUCCCUGUAUACAGAUUGAAUGGUCCCAUGGACUAAUACAUGUUUUUAAAAUUGCAUAUUUGGAAAGAUUUUUUACUUUGUGAGCAUUAAUGUGAAUGAGAAGUUUUGGGAGCAGGAAAGACAUCAGUCAUGUUCACCACAGUUAAGUGUCAUGCCUUAGGAUAGAUAAAGGUGGGUAGCAAGCUGGCUAGAUCAUCGGGCUCAGCGGGUAGUGAUCAAUAGCUCCUUGUCUAGUUGGUAAUAGUGUUGAUGUCAUAAACUUAGACUUCUCUAAGGAAUUUGACUUGGUAUUACACAACAUUUUGAUUAAAAAACUAGCACAAUUUAAAAUUCCUGUGGCACACACUGAAUGGAUUAAAAACUGGCUAACUGAUAGGUCUCAAUGUAUGAUUGUAAAUGGGGAAUCAUCAUCAAGCAGGCAUGCUUCCAGUGGGGUACCACAAGGAUCGUUUUUUUGUCCUAUGUUAUUUAAGGAUUUUAUCAAUAACCUGGAAGAAAACACAAAAUUAUCCAGAUAAAUUUUGCAGAUGACGCAAAAAUAGGGGAAAUGGUGAAUAGUGAAUCACUGACAGAGUGAUCUGGAUUGCUUGGUAAAUUGGGCACAAGCAAACAAUAUGUGUUUUUAAACAGUUAAUGUAUGUGUAUGCAUCUGGGAACAAAGAAUAUAGGCCAUACUUACGGGUUGGGGGACUCUAUCCUGGGAAGAAAUGACUCUGAAAAAGAUUUGAGGGUCAUGGUGGACAAUCAGCUGAACAUGAGCUCCCAAUGCAAAGCUGUGGCCAAAAGGGCUAAUGUGAUCCUGAGAUGUAUAAACAGAUGCUCAAAUAGGAACAGAUAAAUUAUUUUACCUCUAUAGUUGGCAGUGGUGCAAUCGCUGCUGGAAUACUGUGUCCAGUUCAAGAAAGAUGUUGAUAAAUUGGAGAGGGUUGCCUUUUGUAAUAGACUCAAAGAGCUCAAUUGAUUUAGCUUAACAGAGGGAAGGUUAAGAGGUAAGUUAAUUACAGAGUAGUAAUAUUUACAGGAAGAACAAAAUUUUAAUAAUGGACUCUUCAGUAUAACACAAUCCAGUGGCUGGAAGGUGAAGCUAGACAAAUUCAUACAGGAAAUAAAGCAUAACUUUUUUAAUGGUUAGAGUAAUUAAUCAUUGGAACAAUUUAUCUAGAAUCAUGGUGGAUUGAUAAUUUUUAAGUCAAUAUUGGAUGUUUUUAUAAAAGAUCUGCUCUAGGAAUUAUUUGGGGGAAGUUCUAUUGCCCAUGUUAUGUAAGGGGUCAGACUAAAUGAUCAGAAUGGUCCUGUCUGGCCUUGGAAUCUAUGAAUCACUUAUUACAGCAGGGCCUCAACCUGGCCUGCACUGUGCAUGUUUGCAUGUGCUCCCAUACGCACAUUCUUUGGGUGCUAACACUUGUGCUGAUGAUCCAAAUAAAUUGCUUUGAAUGGAUACAUUUAUCUCAGAGCUUCUUUUUUCCCUCAGGAAAGCACUACAAGGAACAAAGUGAAGGUGGCUCAUGCUUUAGAUGUAGGUUUUCACCCACGCAGACAUUUCAAUUAACCUUGACUUUGAAUUUCCCUGGUUUAAUGGUUUUUGUUUUAUAGCUACAAAAGUUAUUGUAAUGGUUAUUUUCUCUUAUUUCAUUAGUAGGUACUUUGGGCUAGAUCCACAAAGAGACUGCUACAUUAGCCACCUAACUCCCCUGAGAUCCUCAACCCCACUGUUCAGAUGCUGACUGGUCAGGCAGAUACACACAUUUCUGCCAGCAAAGAGCCAAAGUGCUGACAUUUUUUCCAGUAGGUAUGCAUGUGUAGCUCAGUGCCUUAGCUCAGAUCUAAGCCCCAGUAGGAUUCUCAAACUAAGUGUGCCUCUGCCUAUCUCACCUGCAGAGCCCAAUCUAAUAGGCAUGCUCAGAAUAU